AUGACGGAUCAUGUCAGUGCCCCGUAUGGCGAGGGGGACGAGGAAGAGCUGCCUCAGGAAGAUGGUGUCGUGGGGUUGCCUUAUUCCAAGGAGCAAAUGGCAAGCUGGAUAGACUUCGCACCCGAAAUCGGGAGCAUUGUGGAGGCAGGUCUCCCUCCCAUUGGGGAGUCUGCACCAGCACUGGGGGCCUUUGGGAUCGCAGAGGCCAUUGGCGAGAGACUCUAUGUAGCAAGGUACCUCGGGACCAACGAUCAUGGUACAGAAGGGAGGCACAAAGGUUUGGGGAGGAUGUUCAACACCAAAACCGGAAAGCUCCACUUCUGUUUGCAAGGCCGUGCGCUUUGCGAGGUCCAUCAGGACGAGGACGUGCUUCAUGUAGAGGAUCUGACGUGGUGGCCCCCUCUGUCUUAUCAGGGGGAACUCUGCACAGCGCACGGCAAGAGGGCGCUGAAGGACUUCAACGAGAAGUUCUGUCGGGGGGCGGAGGCGGCAACGCCGAAGCCCUUGGAGCCUCGAGGCCCGGAGGCUUCUCGGAAGCAGCGGGAGGCGCCCGAAAGGAAGGGUGGUCCUCCCGGGGAGUUCUUCGCAGGGCUCUCCGAACUGGCAUCGCGUGCGGGAGUGGGGAAGCCAAACCCUCGCCCAAUCCUUCGUCCGAGAGUGACUUGGGCAGACAGGGAAAGGCAGGCGCUAGCAGGCGUAGCCCCAGCCCUGACCAAAGCUCCGACUGGAACUCUUCAGAUGGGGUCGGGAGUGAAGGCGGAGCCAGGUGGCAUCCACGAGGUCGUGGAGCUUACAAGCGGGUCGGGGAAGAGUGGAAGCCCGACUCGCAAGCAGCCUACUUUGAAGCGGAAGUCGUUGGCAAAAGAGGAAAGCGCGAAGAAAGAAGGCAAAGAGGAAGGACAGGAAACGAAGAAAAGGAAGGAGCAGGACCUCGAGCUCGGAAGGGAGUACGGGGAGCUCAUGCCCCCGGUGAAGAGGAAAGCCGAGAAGAAACCCGGUGCAGUAAUGGAGGAGCUAGUGGAACAUGCGAGGGCGCAGCUAUCGGAACGCGAGCGGGGAGAAGGCCGGGAAACGCUGGGGACUGGUGCGGGGGGAGAGGUGAAGAUGAGCCUCUUCUUCCAACUCUUUUGGAGGUCGAAGUUCGAGCAUCGGCCCCGGGAUCAACGAGAGCUUUUUCUUCUCUCGCGGUGUGCCGACCUUCUCAGGGAUGGCCACUUGAACGAGCUGGCCGACGCCAUAGCAGGACGCAUCAUGGCCUUAGAAGUCGCAGCAUCCACGGGGAACUGGAGUACGGCAAAGUACCUAGAGGUCGAAACGAUGGACAGUGGGAGCAUCGCCAAACCGGAAACCCUCCUGGCAGCUCAGCGUCAUGCUCGACUGGUUGCCAAGUCGGAAGGUUCGUGGAAACGUGGCGACGGCGGAUGGUGGAGAGAAGGCAAAGGAGCCGGGAUACAGGAAGGCAAGGGCCUAGAAAGCGGAGGAUGGCAAACUUGGGGGAAAGGCGAAGUGAAUGCGGGUGGUUACGGGGAGUGCCGUGCCGCAGGCCUCACUGGCGCCGGCUGUGAGGAGGCCGCUGGCUGGCCCCUCUCCGUGACCAGCUUUGCAGAACUCGGACCAUGGAGGGUGGAUCAAAACAUCUACCGCUCCUCCCCCUGCGAGUCUCUGAAACUAGCACAGUUUGGUGAGGUUGCGAAGUUGCUGGAGCGAGGAUCGUCUGGGUUUGGUCGUGUUGACUUGGACUCAAUUUGGACUGAGCUUGACAAAGCUGUUCUAAGCUACACGGGUGAGGAGAUUCUGCCCCUCAGGCCGUUGACGGUGGACCAAAUGGAACCUGCUCUUCCUCCCGCCGGUGCCGGGGGAAAAGUUAACGCCCUCGAUUUGGUGGAUGGUGGAACAAGGAUCAUUGGAGGUCACAUCGAAAGCCUUCCAUCUAUCACGAAGUGGCAGUCGAUCAUUCUGGGUGAAGGUGAGACCCUCACUGCUUUUCAGUGUGACAUGGCAUGUGCUUUUUAUUUGUUCUCCCUUCCUGAUGUCUGGCUCCCUUGGUUCUGCCUCAACUUCGAUCUUUCUGGUCAUGAGCUGGGCAUUGAGAGUGAUGAGCGCUACACUAUUGCUUGCUGCACUUUGCCAAUGGGGUGGAAAUCAGCCGUAGGAGUGAUGCAAUGCAUUAGUCGACGAGUUCUCCUCGAAUCACGUCUGCCAGAAUCCCAUGAAAUGAGAAAAGAUCGCUCCGCACCUCCGUGGCUAGUCAAGUGCUGGCGUGAAGGCGGCGAGCAUUCUUGGUGGCAAGUUUACUUGGACAACUUCAUUUCGUGUCAGGUUGAAUGCAAAUCGAGUUCUCAACGCACCAGCGAUGGAGCCGAGCUCUUCCGUGCCGCGCUUGACGGCUGGGAUAGCUUCGGAAUUCUGUGUGCCAGUGAUAAAAACGUUGAGUUCGCUGGCGUUGCUCACGAGCUUGGAGCUGAGAUUGAUGGGGAGCUUGGGAAGCUUAGUGGAGGAACCGCUCGGCUGUGGAAGACUUGCGUAAGCUCGCUUAGCCAAGCGCUGCUCAACAACACCGUAAAAGGAAAAAGGAUGCAAGUUCUUGCAGGUCGAUGGGCUUUUCUCCUUCAGUUCCGCAGGCCACUGUUCGCUAUUUUUUCCGAGAUUUGGAAAGCGGCAGCAACCACGUGCCCACUGGCUGUCAAGCGACGGGCCAGUUUGGAACUCUUCGUGGCGGUCCUCCUCAGCCCGCUAUGCUCCUGUGACCUCUCUCGUGCUGUCCAUCCUUUGGUCGUGGCCACUGACGCAUCCGAAAAAGGUGGUGCAAUUUGUGUCUCGACGGGGCUCUCAUGGUCCGGUCGCUCGCUGGCUCGUGCUUGGAGUGAACCGAGUGAUCUUGGCAGCGUUCGGCCUCUGUUGAUAAUUUCGCUUUUCAAUGGCAUUGGGGGUGCUUUUCGAGCAUACGACCUGGCUGGCAUUCGAGCCUCAGGUCUGAUCUCGGUUGAAUGUCAUAAACCAGCCAUUCGGGUCGUUAAACGAGCCUGGCCUCACGCACUCCAGUAUGACGAUGUACACGAUGUGGACGAAAGUCUCAUCAGAGAUUGA